GAUAAAAUUCCUUUGUGCCAUUUGCAGUUGUUGUCCCUCUGAAAGCUCUUUUUUAAGUCUAACACGAUAUAAAAUUCAGUACUAGUAAUUACUACUAAUUUAGCAGUAGUAGUAUUUAACAUUACGGAAGCACCAUUCUCCGAUAAGGUUUAAAACUUGGCAACGUUUAAAAUCCAUUAAACGGAUAAACGUAACUAAAAUCCCCCCUCAAAACUUUAUCCAUUCGCCUCGAUUUCCACAAAUUGAAUUUUUGAGGCCUCUUUUCCAUUUGAUCGCUCCAGGAAUCAAGCUUUUCCUUUUCUUAUAGUUCCGGGUUGGAAUUGGCAUUUUGCGAAUUUUUCAAAAAUAGAUUUGUAACAGGAAAUUGAAGAAACACGAUGGGGAGACAACAAGAUCAGCAGUCGAAGGUGUUUUACGAGCUGUCAGCAAUGAUUAUGAACAUUUUACGAUCUCCACCGACUCCGAUUGAGUUUUCCGACGAGUCUGACAGUGUCCCGUCGGAUGAAUCUUCCUCGUCUGCAACUGGGUUGGCGGUGAGGAGAAGGCAGACGGGUAUGCAACAGAUUACACCGGCCGGGUUUGCUUCUUUGCUUUUGGGGAUAUCUCUGGCGCUGAUGCUGUGUGGAUCGGUGACUUUCUUUAUUGGGUUCCUUUUGAUGCCUUGGGUGAUCGGAUUGGUGAUGGUCUUUUAUGCAGUUGGGUUGGUUUCAAGCUUGUCUAUGCUGGGACGGGCGAUUCUUUGUCACAGCUCCUGCCCGCCAUCUCCCAGAAAGGAUUGUAAUUUUGCCAGAUACAAGAGUUUGGGGCUGUUUAAUUAUGGGUGCGACGGCUUGUUUUUACCUGUUAUGAAUUUUGUUAGUCCAUUCACAAUCUCUGGAGUGGAUUAAGGACUUCGCAUUCGUUGUCCAUCUUAAUGGAUGUGCUCUUCCUGCCAACUUCAAGAUGCUUUGUGUAUCUUUAGAUUGUUGUAUUGUAUGGUGAGAUGCAAAUUACCACCACACUCAUUGUGUGAUGAUUUCUCAAGCUCUCUCUCCUUUGCAAUGGCACUUUCUGGUAAAACUUGCAAAAGCGUUUUUGGUUUACGACUGAUGCAAUGCGUGCCAACAUUUUUGUGUGUACGCAGUUGCAUGGAUGGUGACUGCUUCCUGUACGGUUCUGGGCUCUGUGCUUGUGUGUGUGUGUGUGUGUGUUUACCGAACAAUAGCAGUGAAUUAUUUGUGCUCCGGCGUUCGGUGUGUUUAACAUGUAUGAUUACUCUAAAUCUUGUGGCCUUUCAGUCUCAUUUUCAGUCACACUUUGGCGAAGGCUUUACAAAGUGUAGUAUUGUGCAUGCAGUAGAACUGUCCUUUUGCGUCUCUCCCACGCGUCACUGAUGUGAUUACUAAAGAAAUGUUUGAGAUCCUUUAUCGUCCUUUCAUUCACCGGAUAACUACUUCCUUUGACUGAUUUGAAAAUUUUUUUCCUGCGAGUGAUUGACACUGUGGAAGUGGCCCUGGCAUCAUUUGUUCCACGUUUUAAGUUGUGUCGUGAAUUUGAGGAGAACAGCAGUCUCAAUUUUACUCGGGAGUCGGGACCCCAUAUGGUGGUGUAAUUUCAAGUUGACUUCAUUCUACCAACAUUUCUUGGCCAUUGCUAGUGGUGUUAAAGAUAUCUCGUCAUGGAAAUUCUCUAGUAGUCCAGUAUCUGAGUUAUAUCGAUUUGUUUUCUAGAACUUGAAAGAUAGUAGCAAGUGUGUCAUGAAAGCUGCUUCUUCUUUUUUUUUUUUUUUUUUAAUUAAUUAAUUUAUUUUAUAAAGUAAUAGGUAAUAGUGGCUUAUUCCAUUGAGUAAAACCAUAUUUUACCUGGUACUCUGUGCCAUAGCACAUGCUUUCCUGAUC